AUGGAAGCGCUUAGGUGCUCGGAGCACGGAACCGUCUGCUUUCUCAAGACUGGCGUCCGCGAUGGUCCCAACAAAGGAAAGAGCUUCUACGUGUGCCCGGCGAACUCUUGCAGCUUAGUGCUGGCAGCCGACAUUCCUGUUUCUCAUUGUUUAUUGCAUGAGGACUGUGUGGUAGCACUUCAGGGUUUGCUGCUACCGCCGGGCAAGGAAGAAUACAGAUUGUUCUUCCAGUGCGUUAGAAGUAAGGCAGCAGGGAAGCAGUGGUGCGGAAGUAUCCCAUGGCAGGAGCCCAGUUCCAAAGAACAUCCUGUAACCCACAAGUGUGAGAGCGCCUCUGAGCCACUUCAUUAUCCUUCCAACCAGCAGAGAAACCCGUUCAAGGUACUUGACAAGAAUCAAGAACCGUCUCUCUGGAAACAGUUCACCAAAGGCGAAGGUGAGAAAAAGAUGGCUGACAAGAGUCAAAAGGAAAAAGGAGAUGUGUUCUUGGAUCCAAAGAAGGAAUGGAAGGCUGAAUCCAACUGCUGGAUGAAGAACGAUCUCUCCUCUGGCCUGGAGGUAAAGAAAAAACAAGCUGCAGGUCAAGAGAAGCAUGGAGUGGAGAAAGAGUUUCAGUAUGAAGCAAAGGAGAGCAAAGGGACGCACAGAAGAGACCUUUCUGGGGUUGAAUCCAAACAGGGCCACGGCGAUGAGCUGAGAAAAUCGUCCGGAUCUCUUCAGGAGAAAUCAAAUGUUGAGAGUCAUCAUGUCCAAAAAACAUCAGAGCCUCUGAGGGAAAAGGAACCCAAGCCUUUGCCUGGAAUUACUCAUGAUCAGAACCCAACAAUCAAGCCCCAGACAGGGGGCCGCCUCAACAAAGAGCACUCCAAGAGCCGGGAGGCUAGAGAAGCAAAGGCAGGGGGUGACCCAAGCACGCAGUCCGAUCAGCACUCGGAGCCUCAGGAUGUGCCUGCCCCACAAGGACCGUCCGCACAGUGCGCACCAGCCGCUGCGUUGCGCCCCCUGGGAGAGGGCCCAGAAGCGGGCUCCAGCCACGGUGACCGUGGGCAAGGUACUGCUGUUUGCCUGAAGCCUCCCUUGCUCUUUGACUUGACUCUGGACUCACAGAAUGAGAACCGCCUUUCAUUCCCUGGUCAGAGCGUGCAAAGAAACACAUCUGCCACCUCAGGAGUUUCCAAGAAGGUAGAACCUUCAGACCCGGCAGCCCAACGUGUGUACCUCACGACACAACUGAAACAAAAGAAGAGCACACUGAAAUCCGUGAACCUCCAGGCUCUUCCAGACAAGGGUCAGAAGUUGCUUAAGCAGAUCCGGGAGUUGGAGGAAGCCCUGGGAGCUCUUGCCCUCUCCCCAGAGCCAGACACUAAUGAGAAGAGUGACACUCAAGUACCACAGCAGAGAAACCUCACCAAAACUGCCACUGACCUCCCUCGCUUGGUGCCUCCCCUACCCCUGCAUGAUCAGGGACUGCAGCCUCUGGGUUCUCAAGGACUGAAGGCCGUCUGCCCGCUAGCUGCUGGGGGAUCCAGCGGGUGCUAUGGAGGCCCUCCGAAACCAGAUGGCCCUCACGCAGUGUGGAAAAUCAUAAGUAAAGCCAUUGACGAGCUACAUCAGUCACUGGAGUCGCGGCCUGCCGAGACAGCUUUGGCAGAGGAUCCCCCCGGGCUGAAGGUCCCUUUGCUACUGCACCAGAAGCAGGCGUUGGCUUGGUUACUAUGGCGAGAAAGUCAGAAGCCACAUGGAGGAAUUCUGGCGGAUGAUAUGGGAUUAGGAAAAACUCUGACAAUGAUUGCACUCAUCCUGACCCAGAAGAAUCGGGAGAAAAACAAAGAAGAAGACAAAAACCUGGCAUUGACCUGGCUUUCCAAAGAUGACUCCUCCGAGUUCAUUUCCCAUGGAACGCUGAUCAUCUGUCCUGCUUCCCUGAUCCAUCAUUGGAAGAACGAGGUGAUGAAACGUGUGGGCAGCAACACACUAAGAGUCUGUCUCUAUCAUGGGCCCAAUCGGGAACAACGUGCAAAAGUAUUGUCUACAUAUGACAUCGUGAUCACUACCUAUAACCUUCUGACCAAGGAGAUUCCCACACAGAAACAAGAGGGAGUGAUCCCGGGUGCAAACCCCAGCGCGGAGAAGGUGACAAAAACACCUUUGCUUCGAAUAGUCUGGGCUCGAAUCAUAUUGGAUGAAGCUCACUGUGUUAGGAACCCCCGAGUGCAGACUUCCACAGCUGUGUGCAAGCUAGAGGCCCACGCCCGUUGGGCUGUCACCGGAACCCCCAUUCAGAACACCUUGUUGGACAUGUAUUCACUGCUGAAAUUUCUCCGUUGCUCACCAUUUGAUGAUAUCCGACUGUGGAAGAGCCAGGUUGACAAUGGUUCAAAGAAAGGAGGAGAACGGUUAAGUAUUUUAACCAAGAGCCUUUUGCUGAGGAGAACAAAAGACCAGCUGGACCCCACCGGCAAGCCCUUGGUGAUGCUGCCCCAGCGGAAAUUUCAGGUGCACCGAUUAAAGCUCUCUGAAGAGGAAGAGAAUGUGUACAGUGUCCUUUUGGCAAGAUCCAGGUCAGCUCUGCAAUCCUACCUCAAAGCAGGGCACGAAAGUGGAGGCAACCAGUCUGGAAGAAGCCCUGAUAAUCCAUUCAAUAAAGUGGCUCGGGAGUUUGGGUCCGGCGGGCCUGGAGCCUCUGUGGCCGCGGACUCACAGCGGUCUGGCACCCCCCACGUACUGUUGACACAGCUGCUGAGACUCCGCCAAUGUUGCUGUCACCUUUCUCUGCUGACGUCGGCCCUGGACCCGGCAGAACUGAAAAGCGAGGGCCUGGUCCUUUCUCUGGAAGAGCAGCUCAGUGCCUUGACGUUGUCCGAACUCUGUGACGCGGAACCUUCUCCCAUCAUUUCCCUUAAUGGUGAAUGUUUCAAGGCGGAGAUCUUUGAGAACACAAGAGCAAGCAGCAAGAUUUCAUCUCUGUUGGUGGAAUUGGAGGCAAUCCGAGGAAAUGGAGGGUCCCAAAAGAGCGUCAUCGUCUCCCAGUGGACCAGCAUGCUGCACGUGGUAGCCUUGCACCUGAAGAGGCACGGCCUGACUUAUGCCACCAUCGAUGGCUCCGUCAGCCCCAAACAGAGGAUGGACCUGGUGGAGGCAUUUAACAGCUCCAGGGGCCCUCAGGUUAUGCUAAUCUCUCUCUCGGCUGGAGGUGUUGGCCUAAACCUGAUUGGAGGAAACCAUCUUUUUCUUCUGGAUAUGCACUGGAAUCCAUCACUCGAAGACCAGGCUUGUGACCGAAUUUACCGAGUAGGGCAGCAGAAAGACGUUGUCGUGCACAAGUUUAUUUGUGAGAGAACAGUGGAAGAGAAGAUCUUACACCUUCAAGAAAAAAAGAAAACUUUGGCCAAACAGGUUCUAUCAGGAUCUGGAAAAUCUGUCAAGAAGCUCACGUUGGCUGACCUCAAAGUCCUUUUUGGCAUCUAA